CUGUAUUUGAUGCUAAGCUAUUGGUCAAACAAUAAUACAUGUAACAUUUAAUUCUAAUGCAGAAAGGAACAGGCAAAUGGACAGCCAUCUCUUCACUCGACUUGGGCAUUCCUGUCACACUGAUCGGUGAGUCUGUGUUUGCACGUUGCCUUUCCUCUUUGAAAGACGAGAGAGUAACAGCUAGCAAGAGCUUGAAAGGGCCGAGUACGACCAAAUAUGAAGGUGACAGGAAGGAAAUUGUGGAGCACAUCAGACAGGCUCUGUAUGCAUCCAAGAUUAUCUCGUAUGCCCAGGGCUUCAUGCUGCUGAGAGAAGUGGCAAAGGGAUACAUGCAAUUAACACUCAACUAUGGAUCAAUUGCUCUCAUGUGGAGAGGAGGCUGCAUCAUUAGAAGCACUGCUUUCGCCUUUUAUGAUGGCUACAGAUCAGGCAGCUUACCAGCUAAUCUCAUCCAGGCACAGAGAGAUUACUUUGGUGCUCACACGUAUGAGCUGCUUUCCAAACUCGGUCAAUUCAUCCACACCAACUGAACCGGCCACCGUCAUUGUCUCGUCGUCCACUUACACUGCCUGAUUGGUCAAGUGUAGCCAUUGAUAUCAACAUUUAUGUUUCGGUUGUAGUAAUGUUCUGAUCUUGACAGCAUGAGAUUGUAUGUUGCUGUCAUUUUAGCUCAAAUGGAU